AUGCCUGAGAAAAUUACAGACGGGUUGGAUGGUUUAGGAUCAUCAGCGAUGAUCAGCUUUCCUGCUAUCAGUGUGGAGCUGAGAAGAUGGGCUCGCAAGAACGAAAAGGUGCCAGCUACUUCGAAGACUACUCGUAGUGCUAUGUUUCAAGUCUCUGUUGCCAACCCCGAUGAGAAGAAGGAGGUUCCUCCUACUAAGGCUUAUAUGGCUAUGGUAGUAUGA